AUGCCAUGUGCCCAGAGGAGCUGGCUGGCAAACGUCUCCCUGGUGGCUCAGCUCCUCAACUUUGGGGCGCUUUGCUAUGGGGGACAGCCUCAGCCAGGCCCCGUUCGCUUCCCGGACAGGAGGCAAGAGCAUUUUAUCAAGGCCCUGCCAGAAUACCAUGUGGUGACUCCUGUCCGAGUAGAUGCCAGUGGGCAUUUUCUUUCGUAUGGCUUGCACCAUCCUAGCACCAGCAGCAGGAGGAAGAGACAUUUGGACGGCUCAGAAGACCGAGUGUAUUAUAGAAUUUUGCACGAGGAGAAGGACCUGUUUUUCAACCUGACGGUCAAUCGAGGAUUUCUUUCCAAUAGCUACAUCGUGGAGAAGAGAUACGGGAACCUCUCCCGUGUCGAGAUGAUGGCUUCCUCAGCCCCCCGCUGCCAUCUCAGGGGCACAGUUCUACAGCAAGGCACCAGAAUUGGGACAGCAGCCCUCAGUGUCUGCCAUGGAUUGACUGGAUUUUUCCAUCUACCACAUGGAGAUUUUUUCAUUGAGCCUGUGAAAAAGCAUCCACUGGCAGAGGGAGCUUACCACCCACACAUCGUUUACAGGAGACAGAGGCAGAGCGUUCCGGAGACAAAGGAACCAACCUGCGGAUUAAUGGACAGUCUUGGCACCUCCCAGAAGCAAGAUCUACAGAGAGAGAAGUGGGAGAGGAACAACGUGCCCAGCAGAAGCCUCUCUCGGCGUUCCAUCAGCAGGGAGAGAUGGGUGGAGACACUGGUGGUGGCCGACACAAAGAUGGUCGAGUAUCACGGCAGUGAGAACGUGGAGUCCUACAUCCUCACCAUCAUGAACAUGGUCACUGGGUUGUUCCAUAACCCAAGUAUUGGCAACGCAAUUCACAUUGUCGUGGUUCGGCUCAUUCUCCUUGAAGAAGAAGAGCAAGGAUUGAAAAUAGUUCACCAUGCAGAGAAGACACUGUCGAGCUUCUGCAAGUGGCAGAAGAGCAUCAAUCCCAAGAGUGACCUCAACCCUGUCCAUCAUGAUGUGGCUGUCCUUCUCACCAGAAAAGACAUCUGUGCUGGCGUCAAUCGCCCCUGCGAGACCCUGGGUCUGUCUCACCUGUCGGGAAUGUGCCAGCCUCACCGGAGCUGUAACAUCAAUGAAGACUCUGGGCUCCCUCUGGCUUUCACAAUCGCCCAUGAGCUCGGACACAGCUUUGGCAUCCAGCAUGACGGGAAAGAAAAUGACUGUGAACCUGUGGGCAGGCAUCCCUACAUCAUGUCCCACCAGCUCCAGUACGACCCCACCCCGCUGACAUGGUCCAAGUGCAGCAAGGAGUAUAUCACCCGCUUCUUGGACCGAGGCUGGGGGUUCUGUCUUGAUGACAUACCUAAAAAGAAAGGCUUGAAGUCCAAGGUGAUUGCCCCCGGAGUGAUCUAUGAUGUUCACCACCAAUGCCAGCUACAGUAUGGCCCCAAUGCUACCUUCUGCCAAGAAGUAGAAAAUGUUUGCCAGACCCUGUGGUGCUCAGUGAAAGGCUUUUGUCGCUCUAAGCUGGACGCUGCUGCAGAUGGGACACAAUGUGGUGAGAAGAAGUGGUGCAUGGCUGGCAAGUGCAUCACAGUGGGCAAGAAACCAGAGAGCAUCCCUGGAGGCUGGGGCCGCUGGUCACCCUGGUCCCAUUGUUCCAGGACCUGUGGGGCCGGAGCCCAGAGUGCGGAGAGGCUCUGCAACAACCCUGAACCAAAGUUUGGAGGUAAAUACUGCACUGGAGAAAGAAAACGCUAUCGCUUGUGUAACGUCCACCCCUGUCGCCCAGAUGCACCAACAUUUCGGCAGAUGCAGUGCAGUGAAUUUGACACUGUUCCCUACAAGAAUGAAUUCUACCACUGGUUUCCAGUUUUUAAUCCAGCACAUCCUUGUGAGCUGUACUGCCGACCCAUAGAUGGCCAGUUUUCUGAGAAAAUGCUGGAUGCUGUCAUUGAUGGUACCCCUUGCUUUGAAGGAGGAAACAGCAGAAAUGUCUGUAUUAAUGGCAUAUGUAAGAUAGUCGGCUGUGACUAUGAGAUUGAUUCCAACGCCACAGAGGACCGCUGUGGCGUGUGCCUUGGAGACGGCUCUGCCUGCCAGACAGUGAGGAAGAUGUUUAAACAGAAAGAAGGAUCCGGUUAUGUUGACAUCGCACUCAUUCCAAAAGGAUCAAGGGACAUAAGGGUAAUGGAAAUUGAGGGAGCUGGAAACUUCCUGGCCAUCAGGAGUGAAGACCCUGAAAAAUAUUAUCUCAACGGAGGAUUUAUUAUUCAGUGGAAUGGGAACUAUAAGCUGGCAGGGACUGUCUUUCAGUAUGACAGGAAAGGAGACCUGGAGAAACUGAUGGCCACAGGUCCCACCAAUGAGUCAGUGUGGAUCCAGCUCCUAUUCCAGGUGACUAACCCUGGCAUCAAGUAUGAGUACACAAUUCGGAAAGAUGGCCUUGACAAUGAUGUGGAGCAGCUGAUGUACUUCUGGCAGUAUGGCCGCUGGACAGAGUGCAGUGUAACAUGUGGGACAGGUAUCCGCCGCCAGACUGCCCACUGCAUGAAGAAGGGCCACGGGAUGGUGAAAGCUACAUUCUGUGACCCAGAAACACAGCCUAAUGGGAGACAGAAGAAGUGCCAUGGAAAGGAUUGUCCACCCAGGUGGUGGGCAGGGGAGUGGGAAGCGUGUUCAGCGACAUGUGGGCCCCAUGGGGAGAAGAAGCGAACAGUGCUGUGUAUCCAGACCAUGGGCUCUGAUGAGCAGGCCCUCCCGGCUACAGACUGCCAGCACCUGCUGAAGCCCAAGACCCUCAUUUCCUGUAACAGAGACAUCCUGUGUCCAUCAGACUGGACAGUGGGCAACUGGAGUGAGUGUUCUGUUUCCUGUGGUGGUGGAGUGCGGAUUCGCAGUGUCAUGUGUGCCAAGAACCAUGACGAACCUUGUGAUGUGACAAAGAAACCCAACAGCCGAGCUCUAUGUGGCCUCCAGCAAUGCCCUUCUAGCCGGAGAGUCCUGAAACCCAACAAAGACACAAUUUCCAAUGGGAAAAAUCUACCAACAUCUGAGCAAGAUCCCUUAAAGCCCAUCCAUCCACCUACAUUCAGGCCCAGAACGCUGACCACACCCACAGUGCCCGAGUCUAUGAGCACAAGUACUCUAGCAGGCAGCAGCUCUAGUCCUACCACAGCCUCCAAACAAGGAGACCCGGAUGGGAAACCAUGGCAAAAUACUUCAACUCAAACUGAACCAGACGCCCGUUAUCUCAUUUCCACCGGAAGCACUUCUCAGCCCAUUCUCACUUCCUGGUCUUUAAGUAUCCAGCCAAAUGAUGAGAAUGUUUCCAGUUCAGAUACUGGUCCUACCUCAGGGGGAGAACUUUUAGCUACAACAGUAAGUGGUUCUGACUUGUCAUCUUCCAGCAACCCCAUGACUUGGCAAGUGACUCCGUUUUAUAAUACCUUGACCAAAGAUCCUGUAAUGGAGAUUCACAGUGGCUCAGGGGAAGACAGUGAACAGCCUGAGAACAAAGAUAAAAGCAACCCUGUAAUAUGGACCAAUAUCAGAGAGCCUGGAAAUGAUGCGCCAGUGGAAAGAAGUACGGAAAUGCCACUUGGACCUCUACCAACACCUUAUCUUGGGGGAGAGUUCUUGAGGCCACCCUUCAGCACAGUAUUAGAAGGACUGCUACCCAGCCAAAGGCCUAGUAUGCUCAAAAAUGUGACACCCAGAGGUGAGGGGAUGGUUACUGAAAAGCCAGCUAACACUCCACUCCCUCUGGGAGGAGACUACCAGGCAGCACCGUCAGAAAAGUCACUAAACCAUAACCACUCAGAACCUCCAAACAUGAAUCUAACGCAAAGUUCUGGACCAGUCCUGACUGAGGAAGAUGCAACAAGUCUGAUUGCUGAGGGGUUUUUACUGAAUGCCUCCAAUUACAAGCAGCUCAGGAAGGACCACAGCCCUGCAUACUGGAUUGUUGGAAACUGGAGUGAGUGCUCCACCACGUGUGGCCUGGGGGCCUACUGGAGAAGCGUGGAGUGCAGCACCCAGGUCGAUACCGACUGUGCAGCCAUUCAGAGGCCUGACCCUGCCAAGAGAUGCCACCUGCGCCCGUGUGCUGGCUGGAAAGUGGGGAACUGGAGCAAGUGCUCCAGAAACUGCAGCGGCGGCUUCAAGAUCCGGGAGAUUCAGUGCAUGGACAGCCAGGACCACCGGGGCCUGAGGCCGUUUCACUGCCAGUUCCUGGCUGGGAUUCCUCCCCCGCUGAGCAUGAGCUGUAACCUGGAGCCCUGUGAGGAAUGGCAGGUGGAGCCGUGGAGCCAGUGUUCCAGGUCCUGUGGAGGUGGAGUUCAAGAAAGAGGAGUGUCUUGUCCAGGAGGCCUCUGUGACUGGACAAGAAGACCCAUGUCCACUGUGCCCUGCAAUGAGCACCUUUGCUGUCACUGGGCCACUGGAGACUGGAACACGUGCACUGCUUCCUGUGGAGGUGGCCUUCAGAAGAGGACUGUUCAUUGUGUCCCCUCAGAGGACAAUAAAACUGAAGACCAAGACCAGUGCUUGUGUGAUCAUGAAUCCAAACCUCCAGAAUUCCAAAAAUGCAACCAGCAGGCCUGCAGGAAGAGUGCUGAUUUACUUUGCACCAAGGACAAGCUGUCAGCCAGUUUCUGCCAGACACUGAAAGCCAUGAAGAAAUGUUCCGUGCCCACUGUGAGGGCUCAGUGUUGCCUCUCGUGUCCACAGAUGCACAUCAUCCACACACAAAGGCAAAGAAAGCAACAGUUGCUCAAAAAACGCAAAGCACUCUGA